CUCCGAGAAAGCAAGAUGGGUCACCAGCACCUCUACUGGAGUCACCCGAGAAAAUUCAGCCAGGGUUCUCGCUCUUGCCGAGUCUGCUCAAACCGACACAGCCUGAUCCGGAAAUAUGGGCUCAACAUGUGCCGCCAGUGUUUCCGUCAGUACGCCAAGGACAUAGGCUUCAUUAAGUUGGACUAAAUGAUCUUCCUUGAAUUGGCUGUGGAGAAAUCUACCGUAAAGCAGAAACUAGUUUUUUGUACAUAAAAUAAAAUACUUCAGUUAUG